AUGACUUUUUCUCGUCUUUUCGCUUUUCCGAUACAACAAGUCAUUACCGCUCCUUCAAAUCUGAUCAAACCAUACUUGCAACAAUUUCAAGUUCAACGAGUUGGUUAUGUUACUAGGCUUUGGACGCGUGGAAACGAAAAACCUCCACCAAAAAAACCAAGGAACAAAACUGCAAGAUAUCGAGCAAUGUUAAAAGUAAUUUCAUUAGAAUGCACUUGCAUUUGA